CUUAAGUUUAACAAGGAUAGGAAAAGGGGCGUAUCAUCACUCACUAUUCGACCAAUCAGCAAUCGACUGACCAAGAUUCGCCUUCGGACAGCCCGCAUUGGUUCGAUGUUACUGAAGUGGCAACUUUAUAAUCUUCUAUUUUUUUUUCGAAUGAAACCGUCGUUCAUUCAUUCUCAUGUUUGUCAUUAUAUUCUCUGACAGGAUUCGAGUUUACAUGCCUUUAUUAUGCCACUGAUGACCUAACGACAACGCAGUGAUUCUUGUUCCUAUGGGUCGAAUGGCAACCCCAACGCUGUGUUUUCUUGACCUUUUCACGAAAUCGCCACUGUGAGGGUCUCAAGUCGGCGGCGUCGACGUGCUUGCUAACAGCUUUUGCUAUUGCUCAAAAGUACAUGGUAUAUUUUCAGGCAAACCGGAACAGUUCAUAUCGUGACUAUUCAUCUAUCUGGGAUGAAUUCGUGACGCUGUCAUCAUCAGCCCAGUUGGAGAGAGCAACAUUGCUCGCUCUCCAGAAGUGCGUUGAACUAGGGACAUCGCCGAACACGUAAUCACAAAAAAGAAAUCGAACGCGACCGAAAUCACUUAUUAUCACGAUCAGGCUCCCUCCUGAACAGUCAAACUCCACAACAAUUAUAAAAUAAACCCUAAAUGGAUAUACAUAUUUUCUUGACGGUUGUUCUUCCCGUUAUUUUGUUAUUUACAUGGUACUACCUGAGCUCGAAGUUGCACCAAGGAAUGCCACCUGGACCAGUCGGCCUCCCUAUUGUCGGCUAUCUACCGUUCCUCGGUCUGAAACCUUACAAAACGUUUGCAAAACUUGUGAAGAAAUAUGGUCCUAUUUACAGUGUGAAGAUGGGUUCUCGGAAAGUAGUAGUGCUAAACGGAUGUCAGGUCAUAAGAGAGGCUUUCGUCAAAAAAGGCCGGCAAUUUGCCGGUCGCCCCCAUUGGAUGCUUAGUAAAUUAAACGGUGGUCGAGGUAUUGCAAACCACCAGCCCACAACCCAUUGGCGAGAAAUCCGGAAGUUCUCAUCUAACAUCCUGCGCACAUUUGGUGACCGUCACUCGAAGAUGGAAGCUAAAAUCAACCAGGAGGUGUCAUACUUCAUGCAAGACUUGCACAAGGCCAGCUCACAACCAGCUGAUCUUCGCCAUGCUGUUCAGAAAAUGGUCAGCAACGUCAUUUGUUCAAUAUGCUUUGGAGAACGAUUCCAGUAUGGAGAUCAGCAGUUCAAAAACCUUAUACAUCAUGUAGACGUGUUCUUUCAGAAUAUAGAUAGCAAAAGUGCAACGAACUUUUUACCCUUUCUCUGGUACUUGCCAAUGAAGGCAAACACUGCCGUGGACGACACUUAUAAGCUUAUUAUGCAGUUCGUUGAGGAGAGAAUCGAAUCACACCUUAAAACUUACGAUCCAGAAGAACCUAGAGACUUUAUAGAUUUAUUUAUUAAGGCAAACGCAGAGAGCCAACCAAGGGAGAACGGUGGUGUUGAAGAAGUCCAGGCAUUGUACAACCUUAACGAUCUGAAGUACAUUGUAAUCGAUCUGUUCUUCGGUGGUACAGAGACUGUGAUUGCAGCAAUUAUGUGGAGUUUAGUUUAUAUGCUGGUAUUCCCUGACGUCCAGAGGAAAGUCCAAGAUGAACUGGAUAAUGUGGUUGGCAGGGACAAGAGCGUUACCCUAAGUGAUAAAAAGGAUCUACCGUACACACAAGCAGUAAUUAAGGAGAUCCUGCGCAUGUGCAAUGUUAUACCAAUGGUUAUACCACAUGAGACCACGGAAGAUAUUAGUCUUUGUGGAUACAAUCUGCCUAAAGGAACGACCAUUUUCGGGAAUUUAUACUCUGUUCACAUGGACGAAGAUGAGUGGUCUGAACCACAUGAAUUCAGACCCGAGAGAUUCUUGGAACUGGAUGGCAAGGGAUCGGUAAUCAAUGAUGCUUUUAUGCCAUACUCUGCUGGCCGUCGUAAUUGCUUGGGAGAACAUUUGGCUAAGAUGGAAAUAUUUCUAUUUUUCACAUCAAUAUUACAGCAAUUUAAUUUAGAGGCGGAUAAAACAGUUCCAAGCCUGGACGGCAGGCAUGGAAUUACACACAUGCCGCACCAGUUCAAGCUUACAGCGACUGCAAGAUGAAAACACAUUUCUAAUCUUAAGAUAUUUUCACGAUCGAUUAUAUUGUCUGCACUUGUCAGUGGUGGAAUAUACUGUAAAUGCAGAGUGCAGUUGAAUCCAGUCCCAGGGUCCUGGGUUCAAUUCCUGUCAGUGUUGUAGGAUUUUUUUCUCACAACCAAAACAAUUCCACUCCCUAAACCUCAUUGAGAUUUAGUUUGUGUAAUGCAUCGUGUGUGUUUGUUUGUCUUGUGUAAGGGAUUAUCACCUACAAGUAAGAUAGCGAUAUUGACAAUCCUUGGUGCAUGUGUUGUGCGCCUAAAAUGAAUAAUAAUAAUAUUAUAAAUAACAAUAACAUUUGUUGCGGAAGACCAAUGCAAACUCUCUUGGACAUCAACAUAGCUACUACCAGUCUGCGGCCAUUAAUGGUUAAAUGAGGAUCAUCAGCGAACUUUGCAUAGGAACUACCUUCCUGCAGAAACUGCCACUGAACUACAACAAUUAACAGUCAACAGAGUUCCAACAACUUUCACCAAAUCACCAAAAAAUUAGAUUAUAUUUAUAGUAUAUGCGCAAGCUCUAGAUGUACACGCAGUCUUGAUAAACAUGAUGCAUAUUUCGCUUGUUGUGGGCUAUAACUGACUGUCAGCAACGAUUGCAUUGCUUGUCGAUAAUGUAUUAGCAUAUAUUCAAAUAAACACCCUAAGGCGUUUAUUGUUGAGAAAGGUUUUCGAGUGUAAACUUAAUCAGGAGGAAUUUUUUGGUGCAAAAAAGGGUACAUAUAUACCCGAAUAAACAUGUAAUUACCAUAAAAUGUGUUAUUGCAUUAAGACUUGAUCACAACCAGGUUAGAAAAAAUGUAACUCUACUGGAGUAGAAUAUAUUAAUAGAAUGUGUUCACAAUGAUGUUGCUUCCAUUAGAUUUUUUUACAGUUAUUUAGGGGAAGGGGGCCUGUUUAUUCUAGGAAAAAAUAAACGCCCCGGGGCGUUUAUUCAAAGUGAAGCAUUUAUUCAAAUAAAUAAGGUACUUAUCAUGACAUUAUAAAAAUUAAACUCUCUGAUUAAAUGAAGAAGCAUGAAAUAAUAUUCUUCAAUCUACAAUUAGUUCAUGUAAAAAAAAAAGGAAAUUUUUGUAAAAUAUCCUCAGCAAUUAAGGAGAUUUUGGUGGAGGAAACCUCUUCCAUAGGGAGUUUUGGAUUGCACGAUGACAGUAGGACCUAAAACGUCAUCACAUCACUAUGAAUUCAUUUGCACAUGAGAGAAUGUUAAGUUCUCGUUGUCGCUUGGAUACAAUUUUACCCGAUUUUAUGUUGUGCUGAGAACUUAGGAGGGCCACGCAUGAGUGAAUCCGUUCUAGCGUGAUGCCGUUGCACAAACUGAAAGUUCCCUAUUAAAGGAACUCAAUAUUUUAUUUUCACAUGCCCUAAUUUUGCACAAUUCAAUAAAUAAACGUAUUUCAUAUACAGUAUUAAAUGCAUUGUCUCCUGAUUAGAGUAGAAUUUAAUCAAAUAUAAACACAUAUUGACACUUGUCAUUAAAAUAAAAAAGGCAAGAUAUAUUUUAAAUAUCUAAAUAUUUACAUAACUACAGGAAUAAUAAUGUAUAAAAAUAGUAUUUAUCUAAUAAUACAAUGUUUAAAUGUUGCUGUUAAAAUUAUACUAUGUUAACAUGAACAAUGUAAUUAAAUAUUUGAAUUGUUUAUGUUAUAUACUAAAAUUAUAAAGAAAUAUUUUCCCUGUCAAAGUAACAAAUUUCAGAGGGUGGGAAGAAAAUUGUUUUCUCAUUUUCCCAAAUGGUCCUGCCAAAUACAUCUAAACAGAAAAUAUAAAUAAAAUAUCUAUUUGAUUAAUUUUCCAAUAAAAUUAAAUAUUUUAUUUGAUACAAUUUUUGCUUACUUUAGUAAAAAGUCUGUAAGACAAGAUUUUAUUUUAUAGCGAACCUGCCGACUGCCAAUAAUGGUGAUUUCAAAUAAAAAUACAAUUUUAUUUUUGGGCAGCUAGUGCCACAAAAAUGGAAAUUAUGUGUUAUUAUAAUGCCCUCCACUUCCAUGAAAUAUCCAAAAAAAAAAGAUAUAUAUAUUUCUUUCUUAACUAUACACAUUUAAAGCAUUUAUCAAUCUCAUUACUACACAUUAAUUUCAUUUUUAUUCUCUCUUGCUUUUGGCAAAAUCAUUUUGCUAAAUAAGAAAACAAAAUUAUAUUUCAUUUUUUUUCUGCCCUACUCUGACGAUCUUUAAAAAAACAAGUUUGUUAAACCAUACAGAAAAUAGUGUUCUAUUUUCUCUAUAGUGGAAAAAGGUAUUAUAAAAGUCUUGCCUAACUCCUAAAUUGACAUAAAUUUGAUUUCUGAGCGCCAGUGCAAACAGCACACAUAAAAAAUAUUGUUGGACUCUAGACUGACAUGCAUCACUAAUAUUUUAACAUUUCUGGAAUUAGUAUUCCAUAUAAAUAAAAAAAA